GUGCACAGCCCUCCCUGAGACGGGGGGGGGGGGGCCCGUGGGCGCGGGGCUGGGCUGAGCCCCCCCGGUGCUGAAGCGGGGAGAUGGGAGGCACGGGGACCUCCAUCCCUGCCCUGGCUGGGGGCGGGGGGGGGGGGGUGUGGGGCGGAGUCUGGGGCCACCCGUGCGCGUCGGCGCCGUGCUCGGGGCCAGCCGGGCAGCAGGAGCGGCUGCGCGCAGCACCGGCCCCGCUGGGGGAAGGCGGCCGCUCGGGGGGUGCUCGCCGCGGCGCCGGGGCCCAGGCGCAGAGCUGCACUGCGGGCCGGGCCGGGCGCGGCAGCGGCCGCGCUCCAGGUAAGGGGCAGCCCGGCCGCAGCUUCCAGCCCUGCUGCGGGCGGGGGUGCCGGCGGCCCGGCACAGGGAUGGCCCCGCGUCACUGCUCCCGCCGCCGCCCUCCCGGUGCUGAGCGCGGCCGGUGCGCCCAGGGGCGCCCCGGGGCCUGGCCGGGGGCUGCCCUUGCCCGCCUGCUGCUGCUGCUCGGCCUCCCGGUGCUCUGCUCGGCAGGGCCGGGGGAGCCGGGCCCCACCAUCAACGGGCAGCCGCUGGCGGUGUGCGCGCUGCGGGAGGAGGAGAGCCGUGCCUUCACCUGCCGGGCCCCGCGGCCGGCCCCCGGGGCCGCGCUGCUGUGGUACCUCGACGGCCGGAGGCAGGAGGCAAACUGCUCGGCCGCGGGCACCGCCAGCACCCUCACCCUCACCGCCCGGCGCACCGACCGCGAGCUCAACUGCUCCCUGACGGACCCGGCCUCCGGUGAGACCUACAACGCCUCUGUCCUCCUCGACGUGCAGUAUAAGCCAGAGAUCCUGCGGGCAGAUGCCCGCUACCAGGAGGUCGAGGGCGCUGGGCUCGUCCUGGUGCUCUUUGUGCUGGUGCAAGCCAACCCGCCCGCCAGCGUCACCUGGGUGGACCAGGAUGGGCGCGUGAUGGCCAACGCCUCCGAGGUCCUUCUCCUGGGUGCCACGCGCUACCCGGGGCUGGCCAACCACUCGCUCCGCGUCCACCUCGACGGGGCGGCCAGCAACUUCUCCAUCAGUGCUGCCAACAGCGUGGGCGUCACCACCGCUUCCCUCCUGCCCCCAGGUCUGCUGGAUUCCCGCGUGGAGCUGCCCCUCCUGGGUGUUGCCGUCGGAGCGGCCCUGGCCCUGGGCGCCCUGCUUAGCCUGGGCUCCUGCGCUGCCUGCCUGGCGUGCCGCCGGCCCGCGCCGGAGCCAGGUAAGGGCCGAGCGGGAGAGAGCAGCCCGCUCAGCCGGUGCUCCCGUUGCAGCCGCUCCGAGCCCCCGCGCCUGCCCCGCCAGACCCGCUCCCUGCCGCCCGACCUGCGCCUCGGCGACCUCGAGCAGGCGGCUGGAGGCCUUUCCUUCCCCACAGCUUCCCCCGAUGAGGUGGGAGCCAGUGCCGGAGGGGAGGAGAGCGCUCUGCCCGCCAUAGGGAACUCCCUGGUCCUCAGCAAGUUUCAUCCAGCUCCCACUGUCCGGGCGCAUCUACAAAGUGCCGAGCGUGAGCAGCGACGAGAUCUGGCUGUGAGACGCGGCGUGGUGCCCCUGAGGGAGGGCUGCCCGGCGCCAGGUACGUACCGGCCUCUGGAGAAGCUGCGGAGGCUGGGCCGGGCGGGGGGCGCCGAGCAGACCCCCGCUGUGCGGUAAAGCUGCGCGCCGCAGGUGACGGUAGCCGCACCGGUAGCCGGGGCGUGUUUCCACGUAGCCUGCGCACUUAGACAGGCAGGCUAUUAUAAAGAGAACGCAUGAAAGCUGUUCAUAGCCAGGCUCUGCCAAGCUGCUCGCGCUGCGAUUCCUCCCAGGGUACGGCCAAGCACCAGCCUCGCUUUAGCAGAUUCGCAGCCUGCUUGCUGCGUGAUCCCCUCCGCCCCCGCCAGAGCCGCGGCAGACGGGUGGGCAGGGGCUGCAGAGGGUUGUCCCGACAGCAAUAAACGUCAGUCAAGCAA